AUGCAGUCCUUCAGACGCUCUACGCUCUCUGCGUUGCAGAAUGCUUCCCGUGUCCAGCGACGCGGAUUCGCAGGCCUCACAGGCUAUGCUUCGACAGUAAAGAACCUCCGCAUCAACGCAGACACCAAGGUCAUUUUCCAGGGCUUCACCGGAAAGCAGGGAACUAUUAAUGCCCGCAUAGGAACCAAUGUUGUCGGUGGAACAAACCCCAAGAAGGCCGGAGAGACUCACCUCGGCAAGCCCGUCUUUGCGAGCGUCGAAGAGGCCGUCAAGGAGACCGGUGCUACUGCUUCCGCCAUCUUCGUUCCCUGUCAUCAAGAAUUAACCUCAAAGAAACUAAUACAUUCCAUAGUAUCACUGAAGGAAUUCCUCAGCAUGGGACAAUGCAAAAUCGGUAUCAUGCCGGGCUUCAUCCACAAGAGAGGCCGCAUCGGUAUUGUUUCCCGAUCCGGUACCCUCACCUAUGAAGCCGUCAACCAGACCACCCAAGCCGGCCUUGGCCAAUCUCUUGUUGUCGGUAUCGGCGGUGACCCCUUCUCCGGAACCAACUUCAUUGACUGCCUCCGUGUCUUCCUUGAGGACGAGGAGACCGACGGAAUCAUCAUGAUCGGUGAAAUCGGCGGUAGCGCCGAGGAAGACGCCGCUGCUUUCCUCAAGAGCGAGAACAAGGCCAACAAGCCUGCCGUCAGCUUCAUUGCUGGUAUCAGUGCUCCUCCAGGCCGACGAAUGGGCCACGCCGGUGCCAUUGUCAGUGGAGGCAAGGGAGGCGCCGACUCUAAGAUUGCUGCUCUCCAAGAUGCCGGCGUCAUUGUCGAGCGAAGCCCUGCUUCCCUCGGAAAGACUCUCCUGGCUGAGUUCGUCAAGAGAGACCUUGUCUAA